UCUUUGUUCUGAUUUCUGUAGAUCUGAUUUCGGACUCCGAUAAUUCGUCAAUCAAAAGAGGUUAGUUAAGUGUUAUAGUUGUUUUAUCUUUUUUAAGUUUGUAAUAUGUAAUUUUAUAUCCUUUCUGUUCAUUAUUUUUUUUACUUAUUAAUAUAUGUUCUGAAUGAUUUAUGGUUUGUAUUUUCUCAUGGUGAACCCUCAAUCUUUUUUGAAAUUCGGACUCGGAUUGUUAGUCUACCAAAAUAAGUUAUGUUGUUCUGAAUUUUGUAGAUCCGAUCAUAAAAUUGAAGGUAUGUUGUUUUAGUUUGUUGUUUAUCUACUGUGCAUCUUUAAUCUAAGCGAUUGAACAUUUAUAUUUUUUUUGCAAACAAUAUCAAGAUCAGAGGUUUUGUUAUCAUCAUCUACAUUCUCUGAUUUAUGUAGUGUCUAUGAACGUUAAUCAUGUAUUGGACAUUUAUCAAACUCAUGUAUUGGACAUUUAUCAAACUUACUGAUUUUUGUUUAUUUUGAUUUUCAUGUGAAUCCCUAAAUCUUGGAUAACAAUCGGACUCCGAUCAUUCAACAAGCAACAGAGGAAAUACCGUAUGAUUUUGCAAGCUUAUUGUGGGAAGGAAAAGUUCCAUAUGGUCAAUGUCUUGAACUUAUUGAUGAUGACUUAUGCAACUGCAUGAGUCUGAAUCUUUUUCGAACACAAGAGAAUUGAUGGAGUGAUAUAAGAAGGUUUCUUUGUUAAUUGAUUAUUCUCUUCCGCUUACAGGGGAUAGCGCUAAGAAUAAGUGCUUUGAUGAACUAAUAGGUGUUUGAAUUUUGUGUUUACUUUGCUCUGCAUAGGGCUCCUUCAGUUUUUUGUAUUCUUUUACUUCGCUCAGUAAUUAUUCUAUUUUCAAGAUAAGAAUACAAGCUGCAUCUGCAUUGGCUACCCUACCAACAAUAGUGGGUGAAUCAGUAAUAACAAAACUAUUGAGAUAAGUUUUAAAGCUUAUUGAGAAAUAUUGAUUGUGUUUCUAUAAAUACUUUACCGUUUAAUUUUGUAAAAAACCUUCAUAUUUAAUUUUCAGAUAUGGAUCCAAUGAACAACAGUCCUUCAUUUUUAAAGCUUAUUCAGGAAGAUGACCAGAUAUUUUUGCAAAUACCUAAUGACUUUGCUUCAAUGAUUUGGGGAGAUCAACCACCUUACAAAGAUUCAGUUAAGAUUGUUGAUGGCAACAAGUUAUGGUUUGUAAGACUGAAAAAAACUGAUGUUGGCCAUGUUCUUGCUGAUGGCUUCACCAAAGUUGUUCGGGAUAGCUGUAUAAGAAAAAAUAACUAUCUUAUGUUUCAGUCAUUUGGACAAUCAUCAUUCUUUCUAAUGGUGUUUAAAUCAUUUGUUCAUCAAUACUGCUUUAUAUCCAAAAUCACACCUGACAAAGACGUUAUUGUCAUGGCUGAUGAAUUUUGGAGGCAAUUUUAUGGGAAAAAUUUCAAAGGUGGUCAAUCAACUCUUUAUUUAGGAGAUAGAUUUUGGAACGUUAAGAUGGACGGAUUAACUGACAGCUGUGUUUUUACUCAUGGAUGUUCUAAGAUGGUAAACGAUCUUGCCUUAGACAGCCGAUCUAUCUUUGUCUUUUCAAUGGUUGGAAAUAAAAUUUUCGAGCUUUCAGUCUUUAAUCACCAAACCAGUACUCAAAUUCAGAACAACAAGGUUGAGUUAGUUGUUUUGGAUGACUCCAUCUAUGGUGAUGAUGGUGAUGAUUUGGUUAUUGCGUCCGAACAUAAGGAGAAGUGUAGUACUGCCGAAACUGACUUUCAGGAAAGUGUUGUUGUGGAAUGUGAAGACAACAAAUUUCAGUUGGCAAGUUUUGAGUCUGUGUUCAAUCGUUUACCGUCUGCUAUUUCCGAUGAGCUGUCUCUUUCUUUUCACAACCUCCGUGAUGUUUCAAUCCAAAACAUUAGAUGUGAGGUAACAAACAUGAAGACGAUAGCGGAAAAGAAUGGAGAUGGUUACAGAGAUGUUGAGGUUGAUUUAACUCUUUGGGAUGAUUAUGCGAACGACAUGUGUUCGUACAUGCUUAGUCAAGAUCUUGAAGCCCAUGUUGUCAAAUCUGUUCAUUUUGGUGCUGUUAAAACCUAA